GGGAAGAGUAUUUCGGUAACCGGGUGUAGAUAGGCUGUAUUUCAAUGUCGUGAUCGAUCGUUGAGACUGUCUUAGCUUCACCCUUCGAGAGGCUACUAGACCCAAACACCACGAUGAGGUGCAGUCCCGUCGUUGUGAUGUUGGUGCUUGACGAAAACUGUUUAAGCUCUGUACCUGUCAGGGAACGGCCCGUGUGUGGGUCCCAGCUUCCCGUGUUUUUUGUGGGAAGUCGAGGUGGACCUUCCUCUUUCAUCAAACUCACUGAGUUUCGGUGACAACCCUCUUAAUGU